AUGAAAAAACUUUCACCUUUACUGGUAUUGAUAAACUUUAUAUCAUCUAUCGAUAGUUCAUCGCCGGCAGCAGCAUCAUCAUCGGAGGAUACAACAGGUGGUCGAAAACAUUUUCCUGUUGUUGAAAUUACAUUUCCGCAUGUUGCAAGUGUAUUUGGUAUUUGUCUUUGGAUUUUACUUGGAAUUUUAGCAAAAAUCAUAUUUCAUUUAUCACAUCGUUUAACAAAAAAAUUUCCCGAAAGUUGUCUUCUUAUUAUUUUGGGUAUUAUCGUUGGUGUUCUUUUAUAUAUAACACAUCUUGAAGAAGAAAAACGAAUUUAUGUACUUAAUAGUGAUGUCUUUUUCUUAUUUCUAUUACCACCAAUUGUACUUGAAACAGGUUAUUUUUUACCUAAACGAGCUUUUUUUGAUAAUCUUGGUACAAUAUUAUUAUUGGCUGUAUUGAAUAAACUAUUUAAUACAGCAUGCAUUGGAUUAACACUUUGGGCAUUCGGAAAAACAUCAUUGUAUGGUGGAACAACAUUUUCAUUACUUGAAUGUCUUCUUUUUGCUUCGUUCAUCACUGCUGUUGAUCCAAUAGCUGUAUUAGCAACAUUUGUAGAAAUUCGUGUUAAUGAUACAUUAUAUAUUGUUGUUUUUGGAGAGUCACUUCUCAAUGAUGCUGUUUCCAUUGUACUCUAUCGAAUGUUCGCAGGUUUUUUAAAGAUUGGUCAUACUAAUUUAGCUCCAGUGGAUUAUUCUCUUGGUUUUGUUUCAUUUUUUGUUGUUACUAUUGGUGGUAUUCUUGUUGGUCUUAUAUUUGGUUUUAUGGCUGUUUUUAUGACAAAAUUUACAGAGAGAACACCUGUACUUGAACCAUUAGUUGUAUUUAUGUAUGCUUAUAUUGCUUAUAUUAUUGCUGAAAUGACUGGAUUAUCUGGGAUUUUAGCUAUAACUAUAUGUGGAAUGAUGAUGAAACAAUAUGUUGAAUAUAAUAUAACAAAAAAAUCGAUGGCUACAAUUGAAUAUGUUCUUAAAAUGGCUUCAAAUAUAAUGGAAACAAUAAUAUUUAUGUUUUUGGGUUUAACAACAGUAUCGGAACAACAAACAUGGAAUACAGGUUUUGUUAUUGUAACACUUUUAUCGUGUCUUAUUUAUCGUGCUAUUGGUGUUGCAAUAUUUGCUAAUUUAGCUAAUAUUCGUCGUCUUGUUGAAUUAACUCGUAUUGAUAUGUUAAUUAUGUCAUAUGGUGGCCUUCGUGGUGCAUUAGCAUUUGCACUUGCACUUGUAUUAGAUGAAAAUGUAACGGCAAGAAAAAAGGAAUUUAUAACAGCAGCUACAGUAGUUAUUCUAUUUACUGUUUUUAUUCAAGGAACAACAUUAGGUCCAUUAGUUAAACUACUUAAUGUAAGACGAAAACAAAUUGAAGAACCAACAAUGAGUGCAACAUUAACAAAUCGUAUGAUGGAUCAUGUUAUGACUUGCCUAGAAGAUGUUGCUGGUAUAAGUGGUGCUAAUUCAUUUCGUAAUAAAUAUCAUAAAUUUGAUCAGAAUUAUAUAAAAAAAUGGUUACUACGUGAACAACCAGAAGAAAAAUUAGAUUUACGUUUAUGGCAAACAUUUCGUAAUAUUGAUUUAAACACAGCUAUUAAAUUACAUGAAGAACAACCAAGUACAAAAGCAACAACACCCGGAUCAAAUAUAUCGGCACAACCGAGAACAUUACUUGCUGUUAUGAAUAGUAAAGAUCCGAAUAGUCGAAAAACUAGUAUUGUACCUGUUAUUGUAUCAGAAAAUGACGAUUAUGUUUUAAUGCCACCAUUAAAUAAUAACCCAAUACUAGCACCAAAAAAAUCUGAUAGUAUACAAGAUUUUCUUCAUUCAACUAUGCAUAAUGCACAUAAACGCGUAAAUGUACAUGCUCGAAGUCAAGAUGAAGUUGAAGAUAUGGAAGAAUAUGAUCCAACUACAUUACGUAUUUUACACCCAACAAUAAUUGAUGCAUCGAAUAUUCGAUAUGAACAAUCGAAUGAUAACGUACCAAGACACAGAAGAAAACGUAAUGAUUAA